AAUCGGAUCGUCCAAUUUGAAUACGCAAUCCGUGCAUGUUCAAAACACCUGAGGCGGAACAAAGAACCACAGACAACCACUCCCCUCCCCUACUACGAACUUUACCGGACGACUUUUCUCUGUUCUACCGGGGCCAAAGCCACCUCUCACCGCCCACAGACGACCAUGUCGACCGAGAAAGACGUCGAGGCACUCGCUUCCAACUUCGACACCGAAGAACCACCCUCCUACGGCACCGUCGACAACAAAACCGACGCAGGCCCUCCCUCAUAUUCCUCGCUGUAUGGGGAAAUCAAAAAGGCUAGCGAAGAAUCCGAUGGAAACGUGGACUUCGCUAAGAAGGCAUCAGCCCUCAUAGCAGGCAGCGUCGGCUGUACUAUAGGUAUAGGGUUCAUGCUAGCCCUCCCAAUCGCUUAUAUAGUGAUCGGAGCGGUGUACCUACACGACUGCACGAUCCAGCGCAUGAUCCCGAUCUAUCUGAUCGUCAUGGGAUCUUUCUCGGCCGCCAAGAACAUCAUGUCGCUCGGGGAGAGGUUCCGCAACCACCGAGAGAAUGAGACCGAGAAGAACGCCAAGCCGAACCCCCUGGACGGUCUCCUUGGAUGUUUCAUCCUCGCUUGGUUCAUCGCUGGAAACGUGUGGAUCUACUCCGUGUACACGACCGUGAACAUGAAGGAUGCGACCGAUGCCAACUACUGCCAGCCUACGCUGUAUCUGUUCGCUUUUUGGGCUACCACGGUUACCUACAUAUUCCUUGGGGUCAUGAUGUGCUGUUGCUGCUGUGCUGCAGUCGUAUUCGGAUCCGCAGCUGCAAGAUCUGAACAAUCGUAGAUAAAGGUGAACUAGUGUUACACUUGUUGAACGUUAGUUCUCAAGUACUAUUUUGGUUACUACAGAAUUCUGUAGUUUUUUGCUUAUGUGUGUUAAGGGUUAUUGUAUAGGUGUAACGCCCCUUUUGGGCCCCAACUACUUAGCACAUAAGCCUGUGCCAUACCAGUUUGACAAGUAAAUUGUAGACUGUCUAUCGUACACAUUAUCUGAUAUUUGAGAUAGUAAUUAUACUAAAUACACAGCCGUCUUCCAAUCACGAUUUUUCCAUUUAGUAGGUUACUGUUUAUGUUACUUAUACUUAGUAUACUGUAGUACAAAUAUGCUGAAUCUCAAUAUUUAUACGCCAACAAUUUGUUUACAGUACAUGUAUUUUGAACAAAGCGUGCUUCUCAACAUAUAACAUUGCCUAAUUUCUGUGACAUUAUACGAAUACAUUUUUGAUAACUUUAUUAUAUUUAAGCCAAAACAUAUUUUGCAAAACCUGCAUAUGAAAAGUUGCUUUGGAGAAAUUUGAAUACAAAGUGGCUUGGACAUUUGAGAGAUUUCCAGUGUAUUUCAAAUAUAAAUCAACUAGUGUCAUGUAGGAUUGUAGACUACAUAACAAUGAUGAGGUGGUGAGAUAAAACGGUAUUCUUCAAACAGUGUUGAUGAUUUUGUUUUUAUUCAAUCAUUCAAAAUAACAGUCUACCAGUUAACUAGAUGUCCAUGGCGCUAACUGAAUUGCACUGUUCACCAAAGUACAUUUGUAAUACAAUUUGUACUGAGCCUUUAACAAACGUGUUGCAGUCAAGCCGCUAUGGGGCAAGUACAUUGUAUUAGCCGC